ACAUUAAACAAGAGAGCGGGAGCCGUGGACUCAGCUGCUUUCUCUUGAGGUUACCUAACCCUGCAUAGAGGCAUCCUGGGUCAAUGCCCGAAGUGUCCUACCAGGGAGUAAGCACAGGAAGACAAAUCACAUACUAUAACUGCUGCUUCAUACAACUUCUACCCCAGCAGGGCAUAGAAAGUGGGAGAGACUUAUUCGUGCUCAGCGAUUGGUAGAUCAGUGGAGCAGUACCAUUUACAGAUUUGUUAACAGCAAAUCGAAAAACAAACACCAAUAUCUGUUCAACCAUGAGAGAUAAAAAGAGAAAAGUCGUAGAUGAUGGAAGAGACCAGCGUUUUGACAAGAGAGUGCGUUUCAGCAUGAGGCUGAUGGAAAGUGCCCGCACGUACAAAGACAUUGCGGUGAGAAAGAAAGAUGGUUUCACUCAGAUCUUACUAUCAACCAGAUCAACACAUAAUAACACCUUGAACAGAGAGGUAAUGAAUGAAAUUCAGAGUGCUCUGGAUAGAGCUGCUGUUGAUGACAGUAAGUUUGUGCUGCUCAGUGCAGUUGGCAGUGUCUUUUGCUGUGGUCUUGAUUUCGAUAACUUUGUGAAGCAUUUAAAAUAUAAUAGAAAAAGAGCUAGUGUUAAACUAGUGGACACCAUCAAAAACUUUGUGAAUUCUUUUAUUGAGUUUCAGAAACCUAUCAUCGUAUCAGUCAAUGGCCCAGCCAUUGGACUAGGUGCAUCUAUACUGCCUCUCUGUGAUGUGGUUUGGGCUAAUGAGAAGGCUUGGUUUCAAACCCCUUACACAAGGUUUGGGCAGAGUCCAGAUGGCUGUUCCACAAUUACUUUUCCAAAAAUAAUGGGUAGAGCAGCUGCCAACGAAAUGUUGAUCAAUGGGUGGAAGAUGAAUGCCCAAGAAGCAUGUGCCAAAGGCCUCGUCUCUCAGGUGUUUUGGCCUGAAACUUUCACACAAGAAGUUAUGGUUCGAAUUCAGGAGAUUGCUUCAUGCAAUUCAUUUGUUCUGGAGAAUUCCAAAGCUCUUGUGCACCAUAACAUGAAGAUAGAGUUGAAACAGGCCAAUGAGAGAGAGUGUGAAGUCCUGAAGGAAAUCUGGGGAUCAGCAAAAGGAAUGGAAUAUAUGAUGAACUAUGUGCGAAAUAAAAUUGAUACGUUUUGAUUCUCAGUUAGUCUGUUCUUGACACUGAACUACACUGAGCAGAAUUCAUUAUUAGAUAGAAGAUGCACUAAUCCAUCCUCAGAGCUGGAGAAAAGUUCACACAUAAUUAAUGCUUGUGAGCUGAACUAAAACCAUCCAAACUAUUUGUUAUCAGUGACAAUUUCAGUAUUGUAAAAUUAAA